UGUUCAAGAAAAUAAAAUUGAACAACAGCCUGAGAAUAAUUCAAAUCAACAAUUUAUUGAGAUUGGAUCCACUGCAUUUGAGAGCUUCCCAAAUGCACUCCAAAGCUAUAUGCAGCAACUACUGCUAUACAAAGGGUUUACACCAAUUGGCAACUACUUUGACAAAUUUGUGCUAAAAGAUUAUGACCUUGAUGAAAGACAAUUGCAGGCAAAUAAAUUUGUCUUUGUACAUAGAUCCAGCAAGUCUUUCCAGGGCUCUUCCUUCCACUGGUGUUUCACUUGUUCUUGCAAUAAUACCAGAUCAUCACUGGUGAAUGCACUAUCCUGGAGUGUUGACAUUUCUCAUGAUGCUUUUUUACAACGCUAUCCAAGGUGCAUACAUAUUGAUGCAGUAUCAUUUCUGAUGGAAAGAUAUGAUUCAAGAGAGGAUCUGCAACCUGAAGAUCACAGUUAUUCUCUUCAUUGCUAUCAAUCUCAGGUAUGUGAAUAG